UUUUGAUUUUUUAAACCUUUUUUUUGUUUUCGCAUUUCAGUAGAUUAGGGAUUUCUAUGUUUCGAGAGAGUGGACUCGCAAACACUGUUAUAGAGAACAUUUGAUUUUUCUUACUUGGAUGAACGGGAAGGUUGAUAAUUGGGUUUUUAAAUGAAGUGCCUGAAUUAUUUGAUGUGUCAGGUCUCAGCUUAUACGAUUCAUAUGCUUCUAGGGUUUCUUUUAGUUCUCUAAAUUAGGUUGAUUAGAUCUACUCUUGCAUUUUCUAGGUUUUAGGGAUGUAUGGGUAUGAGAAUCUGUGGUACUAAUGAUUUGGACUUAUAGUUUUUUGCAGAAAAAUAAUUUAAACAUAAUUAUUUUUUUCAAACCUUCAAAGUUGUUCAAUUUUAGGUGCUGUUCUGUAUUAUCUACAUGAAACUUGAUUAUGGUUUUUGUAUGACCUGGUUUUCAACUGAACCAAUAUUGGUGAAGUAUAGGGGGAUUGGGUUCAAGAAUUAUUAGUUGUGAGUAUUUAAAGCUUCGGGCAUGGCAACAACAGAGGCGGCUCCAGCUUCACUCGGCCCACGAUUUGCACCAGAGGACCCGGCACUCCCCAAGCCCUGGAAAGGGCUGAUAGAUGGAAGCACUGGUCUCUUGUACUACUGGAACCCUGAAACGAAUGUCACCCAGUAUGAGAGGCCAGCUACCUCAGCCCCCCCACUGCCGCCUGGUCCUCCUCCUUCAGCCUCCUUGCCAAACUUGGCCCCAAUACCCAUUGCUCGCACUGUACCUCCUAAUGGCACGGUACAGCAGCAGCCUCGCCAACAAUUGGUUCAGCAGGCAGGACAGCAAGUGCAGCAACAACAGCCAAGUCAACAGGUUUUUCAGCAAGAAGGGCAGCUAACUCAACAACAGCAGAAGCUGAGCCAGCAAUUGCCACUUCAGCAGUCGGGUCAGCAGAUGACACUUCAGCAGUCGGGUCAGCAGGUGGCGCUUCAGCAAACCCAGCAGCUGCCAUAUCAGCAGCCACAGCAAGUGUCAAAUCAGCAAUUUACACAGCAGCGGACCCCUCGGCACUUCUCACACAUGCAGCUGCAGCAGAUGCCAUACCAGCAAAUUUCUUACCUUCAAGGGCAGCUUAUGCCACGCCCUGAGGGCCAGCAACAACAGGGGCUGCAAUUUGCUUCUUAUCAGCAGGGGCAACAGUCACAAGGGCCUCAGGUGUCAUACCAGCAGGGGCAGCAACCACAGGGGCCACAAAUUCCUCACCAGCAACAAACGCAGGAGUCACAGAUGAUGCUACAGCAGCAACCACAGGGGUCACAAGUCCCACACUCUCAGGGCCUUCAAAUUGCAGCUCAGCUACUCCAGCACACACAGGGGCCUCCAAUUGCACAGCAGCAGGGGCAACAAUCACAGGGUUCACAUAUCGGGAACCAGCUUGAGCAGAAGAAACAAGGGCAGCAAGUUGGGCUCCCAGGGGUGGAGGAAGCAACUCGCCAAGAGGGAAAACAGGCUGGUCUUUCUUUGCCUCAGGUACAACAAAGCAGUCUGAUAUCCGGGGAUCAUCACCUUCCAUCUUCACUUCCUCAGGUUAAUAUAUCACCGGUGGGAAGCCAUUCAAUUCAACCACAGCAACAGUUUGGUGGGGCAUCUCCUGUUAGUGCACAGCAGAAUUCUUCACUUCAGUUGCAGCCUGUGGGAAUAGACACGAGCUAUCGGCAACAGCAAACAAGUGGCACCACAGUUCCGAAUCAGCUGGGGCAUCCAAUGGUCUGUCCGCCUAUGGGAUUGCACAUGGGUUAUGAUGAUGAUCAACAUGAAAGAGGGAGAACAGAAUUUUAUUCUUCCCGAAGAAUGGAAGAACCAAUGAUGCUUCCACAGCAACCUCUUGCACGGAGUCAACAGGAUAUGAGAAUGAGUCAUCAGUUUAUCCCACCAGGUCAUUCAGGUGGAUUGAACAUGUUGCCCCAGCAUCCUUUGCCAAACAUGUACAGUCAUGCUGCCUUUCCUAAUCCAGCUGCAUUAAGACCACCUCUAGGAAUGUUUGGCUCAUCAGAUUUCCAAAUAUCUCUUCAGCUGAUGCAUAUCGCCGGCACCACGAGGUUACUGCAAUGGUAAGAGAUAUGUCAUGAGACACAUUGAUUGUAGUUAUGAUAU